UUCCAUAAUUCCACAGUUCCACAGAACAAAGAUUCUGAGCAAAGAAAACCUCCCAUUCCAGUUCCAGCCACAAAACCCUUACCCCGCAGAAAUAGGGUCCGGAAUGGAGCCCCAAAGCCCUCCGUAAUGCAAAUGGAACGCAUUGUUGGCGCUGGAAGCUUCAGAGACACCGAACCCCCUCCUCUCCGGGAUUCAGACAUGGGGAAGACAUUGAUGGAUUUGUUCUUGGGGCAAGCCAUGGAAGGGGAGGUGCAGAAGAAGACGAGGGAGACAGGAGAGUGGCUCUCCGCACUCCACCAAUGCGAUUUUGAAGGAAAAGAAAGGAUACGAAAAGGAAUUUUAAUGUUUAUGUUUCAAUGGAUUCUACCAAUUUGGGCUUUUACUCCUAGUACAGCUUUUGGAGCCAUCAAGUUGCCAUUUAGCAACCCUUUUCUUGAUGAUAUGCUCAUGUGAGCAUAGGUCAAUCAUGAACCCCCUUUUCUUGAUGAUAUGUUGCUCAUUUGAGCUAUCCGUGUAUAUUUAUAAAAAAGAUUACAUACUAAUUUACAUUGUCAUUUAA